AUGUCUCAUAAGCUACUGGGCUCGACCAGAAUUAUGGCUAAAUGUGGUAGGAGGUUUAACAGUAGUUGGCGAGAGAUUUACUCUCCUCCUGAUAUGUCAAAGCUUGCGAACGGUGGUUGGCUACAGAUGAAUAGAGAUACACGAGAAGAAAUUAAUGAAUACUUGGAUUGGAGGAUGGAAGAACCGUGGAAGAACUUAGAUUUGAAUGAGAAAAAGUGUGCAUAUUAUAUUGCCUUUGGAGAAUGGGGGCCUAGAGCCAAGAAGGGUAGUAAAGAGGAUCAAUUAGAAAUGAAUGGUCCCGAACUAAUAUUGAAAGCGUUAUUUAGUAUGACUUUAUUUACGGCGCUUGCCUUUGCCCUACCCAAUUACAAAAAGGACAAAACUCUCCAAGAUGACCUAAACAAACUACGCGAUAUUGCCACGGACUAA